CUCAACUCUAAACAUGGCGGCGCUGGCUUGGGCACCGUUCUCUCUGCUGGGACUAGAAGGUGUUCCAAGAAUGGAAAUAUUGAGGACGGUACGUUUAGUAUAGCUCACUGUCCUCCCUCCCUUGCACUCUGUGCUGGGAAAAUGCAUCCAUUUGGAAGAGAGGAAGCUGCCUCGGUAGAACACCUCUUUGGGUUUUUUUGUGAGUGUUUGAAACAUGGAGAAUGGGAACUGGCACAAGCCUGUGUGCCUCAGCUACACAGAGGACAAGGGGAUAUCCCCAAGAAGGUGGAAAACAUUCUGCAGGCUCUGGUGGCUUGUCCAGACCUGAUGAGGUGUAAGCAGCACAACAGUCCCCAAAGAUUGGCCUGGAUCUGGCUUCUGAUACUAGAAAAAUGGCUAGAAUGGGACGGGAAAUUCCCUCCAUCUACUCUACGGAGAAGGAUAGAGUUUCUUUUGCUGUCAGAAGAUCUACAAAAUAACAUUCCAGAAGACAUUCUUAAGGAGCUGUAUGAGGCCAUACCACAAGAUGAUAUAGGGCCUUUGACUGACAGUAUUAGGAAGAAAGAGAACUGGACACCCCAGCUCAGCACAAAAACUGUUUCCACUCUCUGGGACCUCCUGUGGCAGGCAUCCCCACAGGCACAGGCCCUGCUGGAUCUCUUACUUGGAGAGGAUAAAGGAGCCUAUGGCUGGCCUUUGCAGAAACUUUUGAUCGACUUUAUUCAGAAAGCACUGAAGUCUCUAAAAGGGCUCAGCCCCAUUCCCUGUGGGGUAGCUGAUGCCAUAUAUGGGACUCUGCGUAUACUUCGCUGCCCUGGAGAACCACUUGGGAUUGAGUGGCACCUCCUAUGUGGGGAGCUACUUAGAGCUUGUGAAACUGAAGGUGGUCCCCUACAGGAGGAGCAACUCUUGGGGUGUCUGAUAAGGAAAAGCAGCUGGAGCCUCAUUGCUAUAUAUGGCAAUAUUUAUGCAGAACAGGUGAAGGAAAAAACAUUGGGCUCUAAAACCUUGGGAAAAGUUCCAUCUGAACAUCUGGAUCCUGAGAAGGCAAUGCUGACCCUGUUCUCCAAUCCUAAUCCAACCCAAGCCUGGAAGAUGGCCUAUUUUUAUUGCUUGAGUAGCCACAAACACUUCCUGGAGCAGAUCGUGGUGACAGCAUUGGCGUUAUUGAAGGAAGAAGACUUUUCAGGUCUGAGUUGCUUGCUGGAUAGAGAAUUCAGACCUCUUAGUCAACUACUCAUACUUCUAGGAUGGACUCAUUGCCAGAGCCUGCAGUCAGCCAAGUUGUUGCUGCAAACUCUUCACAGGACUGAGCAGAAUCAAGAGUGUGACAAACUCCUCAGAGAUGCCUGUGAUGGUUUAUCAGCACACGUCGAGGUCUUAGAGUGGUGUCUGCAGCAAAGCAGCCUUUCCAUAACAGAGAGAGAUAUCCUGCAUCACUUACAUAGUGGAGGCAGCCAUUCGGUGCUCUACUCCCUUCAUCACCUCACAAACCUUCCUGCUCUUAAGGAGAAAGAUGUUCUUGAGCUACUGCAGAAAAUGCUUAUCAAGGAUCCACAACAGGAUCAGUCUGAUGUCUCAGUCUCCAACCAUCUCAACCAAUGUCAGAACCUGACACUCUUCCAGGGGUUCUGUGCCAUGAAGUAUGCGAUCUAUGCCCUCUGUGUGAAUUCUCACCAGCGCUCUCAGUGCCAGGUCUGCAAAGAAGGAGUCUCUGAGAAUCUGGAAACUAACCAGGCGACAAUAAAGGAUUCUUCUUCCCCAGGUGUCUCAAAUCUCUUCUCAACAUACCUGGCCAAGUGUCAACAUUACCUAUGCAGUGUUCCCAAUUUUCUCCGGCUAGAACUUCUGGAAAAUAUUUUCUCUUUGCUCCUCAUCACCUCUAGUGACCUUCAUCCAGACCCUGUGCUGCCUGAAGACUAUGCUGAGGAGGAUGACCUUGGUGGGAAAAGUCCUCCAGACCAAGGAUGGUCUCCUGAGAACACCCAGCAUGUACCCCAGCCUGAGAGAAAGCCAGAAGGGACUGUCCUCGAAGGGCUCAGAGACCUCCCUCACACCUCCCCAAGCUGUCUGAUUGCAGAAGCAAGAGCCAAGAACCAAGAACUAAGCUUUCUGGAUCUGAAACACUUUACUAGUGGUAGCAGUGGGUUUUUAGCUGACGAAUUAGCAAUGGAGUCUUUUCUCAAGCUUCUUCAAGAGCAACUAGAGGAAAUCCUCAAUUCUCAGCCCAGUGAGGACCUAAAACUGGUAGAGAAUUCAAGCAGCUCGGGAAGCAGGGACGGACUGCAGUACCGACUACACCAGCUCUCCAAAGUUCUCUCUGAGGCACAGUGGCGUUAUAAGGUGGUGAUCAGCAACCAGAGUACAGAGGAGCAGCUGACAGCCUCCCAGAAGUGCCACACCCUUGCCACACGUCACUCCAGUCUCCGCCGGGCUCACCGAGCAAGAAAGAAUAAGUCAGAUGGUCGGGACAGAGUCUCCAGCCUGUCAUUGGAAAGUACAAGUAGUGAAUUAAGCACAAGUACCUCAGAGGGAAGUCUGAGUACUAUGUCUGGGCGCAGUGAACUAGAGGUCCAGCUCCAACCCCAAUCACAAAAUGCACUUAUCCCUAUGAUGCUGUCUCAGCCUGAGUCGCUUCUUGCCUCUUGUAUUCUUCGAGGGAACUUUGUGGAAGCACAUCAGGUUGUGUUCAUGUUUGACCUGAAGUCUUCUCCCAGCUGUGGUGAGCUCAUGUUUAUGGAGUGCUACCAAGAAGUGAUUCAAGAGUUGGCCCAAGUAGAACACAAGAUUGAAAAUACAAUCUCAGAUGGGGUCAGUACCACUGUUCGACGAACCAGCAGUGGCCGCUCAACUCUCCAGGCCAUUGGUAGUGCUGCUGCAGCAGGUAUGGUAUUUUACUCUAUCUCUGAUGUGACUGACAAACUGCUUGGCAUCUCUAGAGACCCCAUCCCCAUCCUCCAAGAGGACUUCUGGAUAAGUAACAUGCAUAUAGAGCCCACUGCUCCCUUGAGGGACAUUCUGGAAGACCUCAGUCCCCCAGCUAUGGCUGCAUUUGACUUAGCCUGUACCCAGUGCCAAUUAUGGAAAACUUGCAAGCAGCUUCUAGAAACAGCCGAACGACGUCUGCACAGCAGCUUCGAGAGCCGUGGUCGAAAGCUGGACUAUGUUCUCCUGAACUCUGAAGGUAUUAGAGGCUUUCCAGUUGUCCUUCAGCAAAUUGGAAAACUUCUCAACUACCCUUUUGUGCCAGUAGGACAAAUUAAAUUUGACAAUGUAGAAGAAAAAGCAGGCAGUCAUCCUCGUUACAGUAUUAGAGAGCUCCUUCAGAUGUGCCUCCCAAACCUGACAGAGGACUGUGUGUCAAACCAAACCACCCUUUACCAGCAGCGAGAGCAAAUUCUCCAGACGCUGAUGCAGGCGCUGCAGCUACCAGAACCAAAGGGAAACCUACUAUCUUCCUUGGUGGCACAGGCAUCUCAAAAAUUACCUGAAAUAGGAGCCCACCCUGUGCAGAUUCAGACACAUCUUCUCAUGAAGAACUUAAACAGUCAGGUCCCAGGAGACAGUGGAACAGUUGACUAUGUGGGUGCCUUCUUCACUUACUCAAAUACUAUGGCUUCUGUGGUCCUUCGAAGCCUGAGUUCUGAGCCUGAUCACGCAGUGAAGGUGAAAGUGGGGAACCCUUUCAUCAUUCUGCAUCAGAGCCCUUCCCAACUUAUGUCCCACCUCCUCCUUGAAAGACAGAUUCCCCCAGACAGGCUGGCAUCUCUUCUGUCUCAAGAACAACUCGGCCUGAGUGUGCCACAGAUCAUCAUCAGCUGCUGUUGUGAGCCCUUUUCCCUUUGUCCUUCUCGGCAGAGCCAACAGACUUGGUCCCUUCUGACCCAUUUGGGUGUAUUAGCACAAUUGCACACCUCCCAUUACCUGACAGACAUUCCACUCCCAAGUCUUGGCCCAACAGAACCAAAAGAGAAACCUAUGUUGGAUCUUCCUUCUCCCUCCUUCUCAGGUGACUCUCCCACUCCUGCUCUCACUGCUUCUGCCUUAGCUUUCCUCAAGUCUCACUCAAAACUGCUGACAAUUCUGGCAUGCUUAGGGGCUACUCUGGGGUCACAAGUCUCUAAGCCCAGUCUGUCUUGGAAGGAACUAUGUGGUCGGAGAGAGGCUCCUUUGGCCCCAGAACAGGUAGCCCGGGAAUGUGAGAUCCUCCUGAAUGAAGUCCCUAUGUUAGAAACCUUCCUCACAGCUGCCUGGGAGCCUCUCCGGGGCACCUGUGAGGAGGAACAGAGUUUGGCAGGUGGAUUGUGUGGCCACACUUGUGUCUCUGCUGUUCUCCUGGGCUUGCACUCUCCUGUUGCUAUGGAUGUGCUGAAAAAAGCCUUUGAAGAAGCACUAAUAGCCAGGGACUGGGCCAGAGCUCUUCAACUCAUGGACUUGUAUGGACAAGACAUGGAGGAACUAAGCAGCAUAAAGGAUGUAGUUCUGAGCUGUGCCACAGUGAAUGAUAAGGAUGGCUGGCAGUAUCUUUUUUCGGUAAAGGAUGCAAUUCUGAGAAGCAAAAUGGCCCUUUGGUUAGUGGAGAAGUGGCCCCUAGAACCUUGCCUAGAAAUUCUGGCAUUUUGCAUUUCGGAACCAGCCAUUCCAGAAGAAUUGGUAUCAGAGCUGCAUACAAAGGUGAAGGAACUCCAAGUUUACCAGAAGAUUCUGGACUUGCAGUCCACUCUAUUGUGGCCUGAUUGGCAGACAUUGAAGAGGUGUUGUGCCGACAACCCAACAGUGGUCAUGGACCUGAUUCUGGAGGCAAAGGAAUAUGAGCUGUGUGAGAAGUGGGGCAACCUUUAUCCUAUUCCAAGAGAACACUUAAUAAGCUUGAACCAAAAACAUCUCCUCUACCUUCUAGACAGUGGAGAUCAUGAAAAGGCCCUUCAGCUGCUUCAGAGAAUCUCUGACCCCACUAUGCGUCUUGAUGUCACGGAACGUUCCCUUGACCAGCAUCCUGGCCUAGCUGCCUCUCACUUCUUAGCCAACUACCUCACCACUCACUUCUACAAGGAACUGACAGCUACUCGACACUAUGAGAUCCAAGCUCUAUACGUGGGGUCCAAGGUUUUGCUGACUCUGCCUGAGUCACACCGGGCCAGCUACUCCCACCUGUCCUCCAGCCCUUUACUCAUGCUGGAGCAGCUGUUGAUGAAUAUGAAAGUGGACUGGGCUACUGUGGCUCUGCAGACUCUACACCACCUGCUGGCUGGGCAAGAAAUUGGCUUUACCAUGGAGGAUAUUGAUGCAUUGCUUUCCAGAUAUGCAGGGAAAGCACUCGACUUCCCAUAUUCAUUGAAAGAAAAACGAUCAGAUUCUGUAAUUCACCCCCAAGAGAUUUUUAAUCAGGUAUCAGAGUCUGAGACCUUGUCUAGAUCAGCAUCAGUUGAGUUAUCUGCUACUACUUUUCCUGGAGUUUCCUUUGCACAAUCUUCAAGCUUAAAGGAGAGAAGCUUCCCACACAAUGAUCCUUUGGAAUUUGUGCCUCCGGAAAAACCCCCAGCUAGGCAGCAGUGGGUACCAGAUGAAAUGGAAAUCACCUGUAUGGUGUGUAGAAGUGAACGUUUUACCAUGUUUAACCGCCGUCAUCACUGCCGUCGCUGUGGUAGGCUGGUGUGUGGCUCUUGUUCCACCAAGAAAAUGGAUGUGGAGGACAGCAGAGAGAACCCAGCUCGGGUGUGUGACCAGUGCUACAACCACUACAACAAACAUUCGCCAGAGGACAGUAUGGGACAUUCAGAAGCCUCAGAGAGCAUCUCAGUGGAGAGCCCCUCAUACUUGGCUGUGGUACGAGUCCCCAAAGCAGCUCAGCUGGAGUGGACUCUAGAUCUGAAUGAGGAAGAAAAUAAUCUGGUGCGGAGCGAGUUUUACUAUGAACAGGCCCCUAGUGCUUCCUUGUGCAUUGCCAUCCUGAACCUGCACCGUGAUCCCAUUGCCUGUGGUCAUCAGUUAAUUGAUCACUGCUGCCGACUGUCCCGGGGCCUGACCAACCCCGAGGUGGAUGCUGGACUACUCACAGAUAUUAUGAAACAGCUACUCUUCAGCGCCAAGAUGAUGUUUGUCAGAGCUGGUCAGAGCCAAGACUUAGCACUGUGUGACAGCUACAUCAGCAAAGUAGACGUACUAAAUAUUUUAGUUGCUGCUGCCUAUCGACAUGUACCAUCUCUGGAUCAGAUCCUACAUCCAGCUGCAGUAACAAGAUUAAGAAACCAACUUUUGGAAGCUGAAUACUAUCAGCUGGGUGUGGAGGUGUCCACAAAAACUGGACUAGAUCUCACUGGUGCAUGGCACGCUUGGGGUAUGGCUUGCUUGAAAGCUGGGAACCUGACAGCAGCACGUGAGAAGUUUAGUCGAUGUCUCAAGCCACCCCUUGACCUCAAUCAGCUAACUCAUGGCUCAAGGCUGGUACAGGAUGUAAUUGAAUAUCUGGAGUCCACAGCAAAGCCUAUCCUGUCAGUGCAGGAUGAUGAUUAUUUUGCUACUUUGAAGGAACUAGAAGCCACUCUUCGAACUAAGAGCCUCUCUCUAGAAAUGAUUCCAGAGGGGAAGUCUAUGCACAAUACUUACUACCAGGAGUGCCUCUUCUACUUACAUCACUACAGCACCCAUCUGGCCAUCAUUAGCUUCUACAUGAGACACAACUGCAUGAGAGAAGCUUUACAGCAUCUCCAGAAGAAGGAAAGUCCUCCAGAAGUCUUUAUUGAAGGCAUCUUCCAACCAAGCUAUACAAGUGGGAAGUUACACAUUUUGGAAAAUUUGCUAGAAGACAUUGAUCCGACUUUGGAGAGCUGGGGAAAGUACUUGAUUGCUGCCUGCCAGCACUUACAGAAAAAAAACUACUACCACCUUCUCUAUGAACUGCAGCAGUUCAUGAAGGACCAAGUCCGUGCUGCCAUGACCUGUAUCCGAUUCUUUUGUCACAAGGCAAAGACAUAUGCAGAACUGGGAGAGAAACUUACAUGGUUGCUUAAGGCUAAGGAUCAUCUAAAGAUCUAUCUACAGGAGACAUCCAGAAGCACAGGGAAGAAGAAACUCACUUUUUUCCGGAAAAAGAUGAAUUCAGCUGAUGUAUCAAGGCACAUGAAUACUGUUGGCCUGCAACUGGAAGUUACCAGGUUUCUACAUCGAUGUGAGAGUGCUGGGACUUCCCAGAUUACAGCCCUGCCCCUGCCAACCCUGUUUGGAAACAAUCACAUGAAAAUGGAUGUUGCCUGCAAGGUAAUGCUAGGAGGGAAGAAUGUGGAAGAUGGUUUUGGGAUAGCAUUUCGUGUCCUACAGGACUUCAAGCUGGAUGCUCCUGCUACUUACUGUAAAGUCGCCCAGCAACUGGUGAAAAGAGAAAAAUAUAGUGAGAUACGCCAACUACUCAAGUGUGUGAAUGAGUCUGGUGUGGCAGCCAAGAGUGAUGGUGAUACUAUCCUUCUUAGUUGCCUGGAGAAAUUUGGGAGUAUCCCAUCCCAGGAGUUAGAUGGUCUAAUCCAAGCAAUACACAGUGAUGACAACAAGGUUCUGGCCUAUCUGAUGUGCAGCAAGCUGCGUUCUGCUUACCUGAUAGCAGUGAAGCAAGAGUACUCCCGGGCCAUGGACCUCGUCCGGCAGGUGCAGCAGGCCGCACAGAGCAGCGGGGAUAAAGUGGUCCAGGAGAUCUGUGGCCAGUGGCUUCUCAACUCCCGCACAAGGUGUCCCCAUGGCUUCAGUUCCAGGAAGUGACUGCUGGGCAGCUCAGAAACUCAGUAGCGAAGAACAGGAGUCAUGCUUUGUUCAUAUUCCCAAAUGUCAAUUUGGGAAUUCCCAAUUGUCAAUUCCCAAAAUGGGGGCACUGUCCCCAGUUUUAAAUGAGUGGAAUUGAAAGCCUGCUCGCCCUCUUUACAAAGGACAGGUCUCUUCACACAAGUGCCAUGUGUCUGUGGGUGUGGGUGUCCUGACAGCCACUUCUUUCUACCUCACAUUUUGUGUGUGUGUGUGUGUGUGUGUGUGUGUACAUGUGCGCGUGCCUAGGCUUUUUUGAACAAACUAAACUCUCUUCCAGUGAGAAGAGGCACUUUAAUUUUUGCCUUUUUGCCCUUGAAACUCUCCUUGUGUACUUUAGUUCUUAACUUAGUACAUUCUGUUUGUACACAGUCUCCCCAGUGCAGAAAUUUUUUGUAUUGUCUCAACUACAAUGAUUUUACAGAGGAUUACAAAGCACUGCAAGAAAGUUUACUCUGUUUCCCUUCCAAUCCUUCUAUAAAAUUCAGAGACUUAUUUUUGAGGAUCAUGUUUAUUGUGAAAUGAAAUUGAUUUUUCCCCAUAGAAUGCUUUUCUCCCAUGAGCACAAGUUAACAUAAAACUUUGGAAGUUCAUGAAGUAGGAAAUGGGUUCUCAUGGUUUUUAGAAAUGAGAAUUGUGGCAGGGAAUGUCAGUAUCCAGAUGCCACUUAUCUGUCUAACAGUCCAUGAUGUGGGCAGAAAGUACAUAUCACUGCUAAGCCAGCAUACUAGAAAGGAAACAAACUCUUUUUAUAAGAUGUAGUGCUAAGUUUAAAAGCACAGUACUGCCUUUUACCAAUUGGGGAUUACCAGUUCUAAGGGAAAAAGGAAUACAUAGGCCUUUGUGUGUAAAAUAUCUUUACAGCAAGGAUGAUUGGUUAAGAGAUCACCAUCCCCCUCUUAGAAUAGAAGAAGUAAAACAACAGCCUAGAUUUGAACAUCUACUCUAACUAAAUAGAAUAACUUUUCAUUGCUGAUGCCAGAAAAUGCAGUUUUGCCUCUUCAAAUAGGCUUGGGAAGCUAUGUGGACUGAGGCCUCCCUUUUUCCUCCUGUUUCCCCGGCAUCUCUUCAAGAUCAAGGUCUGGGGUACUCUAAACAUUACAGAGAUUGCCUGUAUCUUCUCUAUAUUAUAACAGUGAAAAUACUCAAGGACUUGUAAACAAAAGAAUUUAUUUCUUUUUGAGCCUAUGGGGAAAAAGAAAAAGGAGAAAGAAAAGGGAAAAGAUAGGGGAAAAUCACUUAGUACAAAGCUGCUGCUCUUUUGAUAGAUUCCAAACAAAAAUGUGGCUGCUGUAAAUAGAGCUAUGGUACUUACUGACUUGAGUCUAAAAAUGGCUUAUCAGUCAAGACUAUCCAUCUUUCAGCUCCUAGAGAGGCUUCUUGCAAUUUGGAACUUAAUCUAAUCAUCUCAUUUGAUGCAGAGUUCAAUGCAGGGGAUCCUCCACACUCAUGUGGAUGUAGUGCUUGGAGGAUCUAUUUGUUUCCUUCUAUCUAGUGAGAAGUCCAGAGGAAAUGUUGGAUCCUCUUUGGGAAAAGCUUAAAGUGUAUAAGCAGCUUUUCCUUCCUUUUGUCAAAGAGUGAACUCUUUCCAUGGGGCCAGUGGUAUAUCUCUAGAGAUAUUUCUGUCUCCUUCAAAUUCUUUCCUCUUUGCACUGAGCCAUAUGCACUUUAUACUAAUGGGUUACAAAUUUUUCAGUCCAAUUCUGGGUUUUAAACUCACAGUGUUGCCCUCUCAUGAUUUAAAGCAGAUGGUGGGUGGUCCGAUAUGUAAAGAUUUUUGAGCAUGAUGCUGGGAUCUCUAAUGAGAAAAUAUGUUCUCGGGUAUUGUGUUUUUACAAACUAAUCAUAAUAAAGUGUCUGUCCUACAAA